CCAUGCAAAGGUGUGCCUACUGCUUUAGAGAGGGGAGAGAGAGAGGGGAGAGAGGGAGCGUAUACUGCAAGGUGAGAGGAGCGCACAAGCCUUGCCAAAGUUUUCCGUGAGUGCAGCACCGGCACCGGGCGCAGGAUGCUGGUGAAGGAAUACCGGAUUUGCAUGCCGCUGACUGUGGAAGAGUACAGGAUUGGGCAGCUGUACAUGAUCAGCAAACACAGCCAUGAACAGAGUUCUGAUGGAGAAGGUGUAGAGGUAGUCAUCAAUGAACCUUAUGAAGAUCCUGUCCAUGGGAGAGGACAAUACACUGAGAAGCGAGUAUACCUAAACAGCAAACUGCCAGCGUGGGUAAGAGGAUUUGUUCCCAAGAUAUUCUACAUCACAGAAAAGGCCUGGAACUAUUAUCCCUACACAAUCACAGAAUAUACAUGCUCUUUUUUGCCGAAAUUUCAGAUUCGGAUUGAAACAAAGUUUGAAAACAACAAUGGUAGCAACGCACAGGUCUUUGGGGAAAAACCUACACCUGAAGAAGAUGUCUGCUAUGUGGAUAUUGCAGGUGAUGACAUCACAGAAGAUUAUUACAAGAAAUCGGAGGACCUCAGAACGUUUCAUUCGGAGAAGACAGGUCGAGGGCCAUUGCUACAGAACUGGAGAGAGACUACGCAGCCCAUUAUGUGCUCCUAUAAGUUAGUAGCUGCUAAAUUUGAAGUUUAUGGUUUCCAAUCAAGAGUAGAAAGCUUCGUUCACAAGAACAUCAGAGACAUUUUACUUGCCGGCCACAGACAGGCUGUUGCUUGGAUGGACGAAUGGUAUGGUAUGUCUUUGGAGGAUGUAAGGAAAUUUGAGAAAAAACUUCAAGAAGAAACAAACUGCAAAGUAAAUUCACAGAAAAAAACUCCAGAUUCCCGAAGUGAAAAUCAUCUAAGCAUUGCUGGAGGGAAACAUUCGAUUAACCGGUCAACGUCAUGGAAUAAUGGAAGCGAGGCACAUUCUUACUCUGCGACCAACGGGGCUGCAGAAUUAAAGCCAAGACCAAGACUGCCCUCGGCUCCAGAAUAGUUCCUGAAGGAAUAGAAUUCUUAAUAUAUGGACCAGGAUGUGAUGUAAAAAAAAAUUUCCUGAGGGUUGUGUUUUUCAGCACCAAGGGUUUAAUAUAUCCAUGGCAGAUGGCAUAGCCAGUGAGAUUUUGAUCACCGGUUACCUUCUGCAUUCUACAAGGUUUAAGAGAAGGCUCAAUAGCAUGGACUUGUUUGUAUAAACAUAGAUUUGCAGUUUAAAAAUAAUAUUUUGGAUUUUCUAAUGUUUAAAAGAAAAUGGUAUCUGUAUAUUAGAAACAAAAAAA